ACUUUUCUAUCCCAAUUUUCAGUUUCUCUCCACCACAUUCAAUGCAGGAAAGGAGUUAAAGAAAGUCAAAAUGCACAGAAUUCCAUAUUAAGCAGUGAAAUUCAUUCAUCUUCACAAAGGCUACAGAAGAUCUACAAGUCAAAAGGCAGAGGCAACUAACAAAAACACCUAUAAAUAAAUCAUUGAUUGAAAGUUUGAAACCCCUCAAUUUGUUACAGACAACAUACGCAGUUUGUGACAGAUCUACCCUCUACUCCUUCAGGGAUGGUUUCAAGAGGAGCAAAAGUGUUACUCAUAGGUCUUCUGGGAAUGUUUUGCCAGGGUACUCAACUCCCUCUUCCCAAACCCAAUGAUUCUGCAGAUGGUGUUCAUGUUUCACCAAAAGUCAGACUCAGAGAUGGAAGGUACCUUGCUUAUAGAGAAAAGGGUGUCCCCAAGGACCAAGCAAAACACAUCAUCAUCAUUGUACACGGCUUCGGAAGCUCCAAAGAUAUGAACUUUUUGGCACCCCAAGAACUGAUAGAUGAACUGGGUAUAUAUAUUCUGCAAUAUGACAGAGCAGGGUAUGGAGAAAGUGAUCCAAACCCCAAACGCUCACUGAAAAGUGAAGCACUUGACAUUGAAGAGCUGGCUGAUCAGUUACAGAUAGGGUCAAAAUUUUAUGUGAUUGGAGUCUCUAUGGGGUCAUAUGCUACCUGGAGUUGUUUGAACUACAUCCCCAACAGGCUAGCAGGUGUAGCUAUGAUAGCCCCAGUGAUAAACUAUCAAUGGCCUUCGUUUCCUGAGAGUCUGAUAAAAAAGGAUUAUAGGAGGAAACUCAUCAAGUGUGCCAUGUUGCUUGCAAAGUAUUUUCCAAGACUUUUGCUCUGGUGGGUGACUCACAAGUGGCUGCCUUCAAAUUCUGUCAUUGAAAAAAACCCAGCUUUUUUCAACAAAAGAGAUAUAGAUAUCUUAGAAACUAUUCCUGGCUUUCCAAUGCUUAGCAAGGAAAAAUUAAGAGAACAAGUUGUAUUUGACACUCUGAGGGAUGAUUGGUUGGUGGGGUUUGGGGAGUGGGAAUUUGACCCUUUGAAGCUAAGUAAUCCAUUCCCUGAGAACAGAAGUUCAGCUCACAUUUGGCAGGGAUAUGAAGAUAAGGUAGUGCCCUCUCAAAUUCAAAGGUUUGUUACAGAGAAGCUGCCAUGGAUACAGUAUCAUGAAGUUCCAGAUGGUGGUCAUUUGAUUGUGCACUAUAGUGGGCUAUGUGAGGCCAUUCUGAAGGCACUUUUACUUGGAGAACAAAAUCUUUCAUAUAGGCCUAGAUCAGGAGUAUUUCUAUCUUGAUUUUGCAUUAAUUCUCUACAUUACAAACUUCUUUUUUUAUCAGAAUGUCAAAUAUGUAAAUCACAUUCGUUGAUUGAAAGGAUGAAAAAAUAUUAGAAUGCUA